AUGCCUGGGGGCCCGGGCGCGCCCUCCUCUCCCGCAGCAUCUGCAGGUUCCUUCCCUGACGCGCCGUCGGGGAUCGCGGCAUGCCCAUCGCUCCCGCAACCCCUGGCCGAGGGGUCUCCACGGGUCUCUGGUCCCCGGCGCGGCGCCAGCGUCCCACAGAAGCUGGCAGAGACUCUGAGCAGCCAAUACGGGCUGAAUGUGUUCGUGGCAGGGCUGCUGUUCCUGCUGGCCUGGGCGGUGCACGCGGCGGGUGUGGGCAAGAGCGACCUCCUGUGCGUGCUGACCGCGCUCAUGCUGCUGCAGUUGCUCUGGAUGCUGUGGUACGUGGGCCGCAGCUACGUGCAGCGCCGCCUCAUCCGCCUCAAGGACACACACGCGGGUGCGCGCUGGCUCCGUGGUAGCAUCACACUGUUCGCCUUCAUCACCAUCAUCCUGGGAUGCUUGAAAGUCGCUUACUUCAUUGGAUUUUCCGAGUGCUUGUCAGCCACGGAGGGAGUGUUCCCCGUCACCCAUGCUGUGCAUACACUGCUGCAGGUCUAUUUUCUUUGGGGCCAUGCUAAGGAUAUUAUCCUGUCUUUCAAAACACUGGAAAGGUUCGGGGUGAUCCACUCUGUGUUCACGAACUUGCUGUUGUGGGCCAACAGCGUCCUGAAUGAGUCAAAGCACCAACUGAACGAGCACAAGGAGCGGCUUAUCACGCUGGGCUUCGGCAACAUCACCAUAGUUUUGGAUGACCAUACACCACAGUGUAACUGCACGCCCCCAGCGCUCUGCUCUGCCCUCUCCCAUGGAAUCUACUAUCUGUACCCCUUCAACAUCGAGUACCAGAUCCUGGCCUCCACCAUGCUCUAUGUGCUCUGGAAGAACAUUGGGCGUCGGGUGGACAACUCCCGGCACCAGAAGAUGCAGUGCAGAUUCGAUGGGGUCCUGGUGGGCUCGGUUCUGGGCCUGACAGUGCUGGCUGCCACCAUCACCGUGGUUGUGGUGUACAUGAUCCAUAUCGGACGCUCCAAGUCCAAGAGCGAGUCGGCGCUCAUCUUGUUCUACUUGUAUGCUAUCACGGUGCUGCUGCUCAUGGGGGCUGCUGGGCUGGUAGGAACCUGGAUUUACAGGGUGGAUGAGAAAUCUCUGGAUGAGUCCAAAAACCCUGCACGUAAGCUGGAUGCCGACCUCUUGGUGGCCACAGCCUCAGGCUCAUGGCUCCUCUCUUGGGGCUCCAUUUUGGCCAUCGCUUGUGCUGAGACCCGUCCGCCAUACACCUGGUACAAUUUGCCCUACUCUGUCUUGGUGAUCGUGGAGAAGUAUGUCCAGAACCUUUUCAUCAUCGAGUCGGUGCACCGCGAGCCCGAGGGCAUCCCCGAGGAUGUGCGCACUCUGCGUGUGGUCACCGUCUGCAGUGGUGAAGCCGCUGUGCUGGCUGCAUCCAGCCUCGGGAGCCAGGGGUCGUCUCGGGAUGGAUCACCUGCGGUCAAUGGAAAUCUGCGUCUGCAGCAGGGACAUCAUAAAGAGGACCAGGAGGCUGGCUGGGAAGGGGCUGCAGGCACAGCCCGAUGUCCAGACUUCCUGCAGGGUGGAGUCAAGAGGAGGAUCCUCAGAAACAUCACAGCCUUUCUGUUCCUUUGCAACAUCUCGCUUUGGAUCCCCCCUGCCUUUGGCUGCCGCCCUGAGUAUGACAACGGAUUAGAGGAAAUCGUCUUCGGCUUUGAACCCUGGAUAAUCGUGGUCAACCUGGCCAUGCCCUUCUCUAUUUUCUACCGGAUGCACGCAGCUGCUGCCCUCUUUGAGGUCUAUUGUAAGAUCUAGCCUGCCUCCUCAUGAAAGGAGAAGGGACACGGGAACAAGGGGCUCUGCAGCCACCUGGGAAGGGCCGGGCUGAGCAAACACUGUCUGACAAAAGCGGGAAGGAUGCCUUUUGUCUCCUUGACUGCGUCUAGAGGUGCCCUUGCCCUGGCUGAGAAUGAACGAGUGAACGUUAAAUCAACUGGAGGAGGAGGCUGGAGCCUGCCCCGGGUCAGCCGAUUCCAAUCAGAUCCGAAAUGAUUUGUGCUCCAUGGCCGAGAACCUGUGUUUUAGAAGAAGAUGAUCCAAGUUUGGGGAAAAAACGAUGGGGUUUUCAGAGCAUACAUUUCCUGUCUGUUAUUUAUGUGACUGCAUACAACUUUUUUCUGACCAUCUGUGUAGCAAUCAAUUUAAUUUUUUUUCUCUCAGGGCUACUAAGUUUAGAAACAAAUGCAUUUUAGUUUAUAGUUUAUUUUUUGAGCUGGCUUAAUUUUGGCCAAAAUUACUUUUUCAAAAUCUUUUAAGCUUAUUUUUAAUCACAUGUAUGUGUGUGGGCAGGUAUGCACACACGUGUGUGGAUACCAUCAGAGGUUGGAGGCAUCACAAAAUUGCUUUUAGUCAACUGCAUGGGAACAUGUAUCUAGAUUAAUGCAAACACAUGGCAUUACCUAAAAUUUUGGUUAAUUUUUACGCGUGAUCAUUUCUAAGUAUUAAAAGAUAAACAUUGCUGUUUUCUGUUUUGCUACACUUACCUCUAGUUUAUUAUGUAGAAAAUCUGCACACUUUGGACAAGGAGACGGGCAAAAUUACCCACGUUGCAUUGCUAACAGUUACUUUGGACAUUGUGGCGUAUCUUUUAGCUGUCGUGGUGUGUAGAAUCUUUUUUUUUUAUUGUUGUACCACUAGUGAUAACCUGACAUUUCUAAUUUAUCCUCAUGCUUUCCUGCUUGACAAUAUGACGACAGCUUUCCCUACAUGGUCAUCAACUCCUGGCAAACGUCUCUUUGCUGUUGUCUGUUUACCAAAUGAAUGCUCCACAAUCAACGUCCUUUGCCUCCGUUCCUUUUAGUGCUCACAAUUUUGCCUUCCUAAGUGGCCCUGCAAAGAAUCAACCAUGUCUGUAAAACAUUUCUUUUAUUUAAAGUUGUCAGCCAACUUUGCAUAGAAAAUGCUUCUAAGAAUUGGGUCUUUGGGCCAGGAUGAUGGCUUGCUGCUCUCAAAGAGGACCAAAGUUUGGUUCUAAGCAUGAUAUCAAUUGGCUUACAGCUGCCUAGACUUCUAGCUCCAGAGGAGAUGACCUCCUUUUCUGUUCUCUGAGGGUACCUGCACUCACAUGCAAGAGUGUACUCCCCCGCCAGAUAAAAAUAAA